CUGUGACAGGACGGAAUAGCAGGAGCAGCUACAGCAACGUCAACACAACUCGCCAUCCAUUCACCUCACCUCACCUCACCAACACAACUCUCAGGACCUUACCUGAACCACCACCAACCACACUUACACACAAAUCCACCCAACCUCGAAUCCACCGCCACGACACCACCAUGUCGAUAAUCCAAUCCCACACCUCCGCCUCCCUCACCGACCACUGGCGCACAAUCGACAUCGACGCCCUCGACCCCGAAUCCUCGCGCAACUUCCCCAUCGCCACCCUCGCCGCGCCGCCGAGUGGACCGAGAGCGCUUGAUGCACAGAGCGUGAGGGGACUUUUGAGGGGAGGGGAUGCGGAGGGGGCGCUGAGGGGGGCGGUGGGGAGUGGGGUUGAUAAGGAUGCGCAACUCCAGAUCGUCAUUGAGGUCCUCCAGUCUAUCAAGGCUGCGGAUAUGACGCCGCUUCUGCGCAGCGUGUAUGCCUCUGAGGGUGGAUCGGAUGUGCUUGAUUCGCUGAUGAAGUACUUGUACGCAGGAAUGGCAGCACCAACGCAGCAGCGACAGGGCGAGAGCAGCGGCGCGGCGAUGAGCGUGCUUCUUAGCUGGCAUGAGAAGGUCGUUGAGGUUGCGGGAUUGGGGUGUGUGGGGAGGGUGAUGACGGAUCGGAGGACUACCUAGAUGGGACGCGCUGCUUGGGCUGGGCGAGAUAUGUGCUCUAAGAUUGGGACGAGACGGGACUUGGUGGGUGGGUUCUAAGGGCACUGUACAUGCUGGGUGCUGAAGACGGGGGGGGUGCCUGAAGAGAAGGUACUAGGGAGAGAUUCAAGCUGGGCGUCUAUGGAGCAGGCAUCGGAGAAGCGUAGACAAAACAGACAGACAGGAUGCCCAAAAUCCAACUACAAAAACAUUGUUCAUACAAAAUAUCCUACAGCCCCCCUCAAUUUAUACUCCCCCCUCCCAAAAUAUCCUUCAUAUUCACCUCUCCUGUCCCCCUCUCCAACGGCUUCAUCUGAUCCGGAC